AUGGACCCAACAGCGCAGUUCUUCACCAAGCUGAGGAAACUGGCGGUGACUCUGGAAACAGAUACCGGGAAGCUUCAGCAGUCGUUUGAAAACCGUAACAACGACGAUGACAGCGAAACAACGGCGAAAGCGAUGCGAGCAUAUCAUGAACUGAACUGUGACGUCUGGAACCUCAAGGCACAGGUGCAGGAUCAGCUGGCUCAGCAGAAAGCAAAGGAGAACGAGGUGAGCAGCUUUAUUAAGGCCAGCAGGGUGAUGGAGAAGAGGGUCACCGACGACAUCCAGAGACUUAAGGAACACUGGGAAAAAUACGGCUACCAGGCUCCGAGAGACACCCAGAGACCAGACAACAAAAAUCAGGAGUUAAAGGCGGAAGACGAAGAAGCGGAUGAGAAUGAAAACAAGUCAGCAGGAGAAGAAGAGGAAAGCCAGGAGAAGUCUGAAGCGAGCCAUUCUUCUGCGGGACCACCAGCCCCCGCUGACUUGCUGCGAACCCCACAGCUCUCUGACUUCGGCCUGUCUGAGAUGCAGCUGAAGAGAAACCUGGCUGGGGGAGAGUGGUGCGCCGAAGUGCCACCUAUGCCUGAGCUGAGCCUCGCAAAACCCUCACUCAACACCCCGGAGAUGCCACCCAUGCCCAUAACUCCCAAAUGUGCUCUGAGGAUGGAUGAGGAUGAGCUGCAACCACCACAAAUGCAUGACUUUGGCAUUUCUGAGCACACCAUGUGUUUGAACAAUGACUUCACCAUGGACUUGUUCAGGAAGAACAUCAAGAAGCCCGAGCGACCACCACAGGACCUCCCAGUACCACCAGUGAACUCUCUGAUAGAGAGUUUGAAGGCAAAUGGAAACAACUUGGACUCUCCAGAGCUGCCAGUGUUUUCUACCCCGGGGUUCAAGAUCAAAAAGCCAAACGGUCACUGCACCCCAUCUGCACAGGGGAACGCUGAUCCAGAAUCCCCUGGUUGCCCGAGCAAUCAGCCCACCACCCCCGAGGUCCCGGAAUUUAAAACUCCAUACGUUAACCGUCUGCUCAGCAGCAAAAAGAGCGCACGACAGCCCGAGCCUAUCAAAAUGCAAGUUGAUGAUGACAGCCACACCUUUGAACUUCCAACUCAUAACACAGCAGCCGGCUCCAAGCGCAAGUGGGAAUACGAUGUCCCAGAGUGUUCCGUCUUAGAUGUGGAGGACAAGCAGAUGCUGGAGAUGCCUAAUCUUGAGUCUAUUUUGGGAAACUCUUUACAAAGUGUAAGCAGGAAAAGCACCUUUAGUGAAUAUGAAAAAGAUCCCACUGUCAACCGUCUGGAGCUGGACCGACCCACUCAGCAGUUUAUUUUGGGGACACCUCGCAUCAGGGGGGACUACUUAGAGCCCAGUACCCCAGAGAGGCCAGACCUCAGCUCUGUUACACAGGACAUCUGUAAACUUGUGUCCCAAGCUCAUUUGAAGAAAGCUGCCAUGGAGGAAAAAGAAAAAAACAGUCCUCUCCCCACAGUUGUGACUGUGUCUCCGGUGUCAGAGGGCGAGUUUCAGAGUUUACCGAGCUACAUGAGGCAGAUGACUCUGCACAACCUCAACCAGGCUGUUCACAACAUCAAUAAAUUCAUGGCAGGGUGUCGAGGAGAAAAAACCCAGUUUCAGAUGGAGGAGCUGAGGACGAUUACCAAUGUUGGAACCAAGACCCCUGUAUACAUCCUCUGUCUUAGCGAGCUCAACAGGCUGGAUCAUAUUGGAGAGUCGGCGUACAAACUGAACUUACACAACUGAAGGUGUCCUGGAUACAUCACACUUUCUGUGACUGAGAUGUAGUCUCAACCCCACUUGCAAAAACCUGCUUGUACUUUCAUCUUGUAGCUAAAGAGACACUGGACUCUGACAAUCUCUCACACUUCACUACAAGAGAACUGCAGCUAAUUAA